AUGGUCCAGAUUAUAGAGGAAAACAAUGGGAGAGUGCAGGCUCCCUUCGUACGGGACGAGUUGAGCUCUCUUGUGGGUUGUGCCGCAGAAGAUUCUUCAUUGAGUCUUGAGUGUCAAGUCAUAUCGGAAAGUGGUAUAGACGCUGAGACGCUGGCGGAAUGUGUGCAGAAUCCUGUAGACAUCCUUUGUCAGCAGAUUCUACCACAGGCAAUUGAACUCGUGGAAACAGCCUUGUCGGAACCAGACGAGGACGCACGCAGCGGCAACAACAUUGUUGAUUCCAACGAUGGCAGCAUUGAUAGCGGCAACGCUGAUGACCAUCCAAACCCAAACCCAACCUCAACCAUUGAGAUCCUUGAAACUGGCAUUGACUCUGAGGACAUCACGACUGUCACUCCCCCUUCAUUGCCAGCCAUCGAAAGUCCUAACCCAGGUCGUAUAAUUUCUCAACCUGCUGUAGCACCCAGCAGUCCAGGUGAUAGCCCAAGCUUAGGCAACCCUAUGGGUGCUCCAGGAACCCCAUCUGGAAUUGAUUUGAGCAGGCCGGAAACAGCAGGGCCAACUAUAUCAACAGGGGGCUCGGAUGGCAGCCCUGCUGCUUCUGUAAAAGGAAUGACACAAGCAAGCCCUAAUGGGGCACCGACCACAGCCAACCAAGGCACAGUUCCAGGCAACCCAUCUGUGGUUCCAGACAGCCCUCCUGUUGUUCCAGUGUACCAACCAAGCGCUACCAGGCCGAUGACAGACAUUUUAACAGCUGCCCCGGGGAGUCCAGCUGCUACCCCAACAAAGAAAUUGGACACACUUGGACAAAACGUGGCUUUGCCUGUGGUAUUCCCCGACACAGUGCCCCCUCCAGCCACUCCAUCUCAAGAUCCAAUCGGCUCCGCCUUGGCACCAUCAGCUUCUCUUGCUCACAUACCCAGUACAUCCCACUCACCCAACUCUUCAGGCAUGCCAUUUGAGAAUCCUAUAUGGGACAAGCCGCCAACGUCUGGAGCAGGUAUUCCAAACACUGAACCUACUCUUUUCCAACAAUCUGCCAUGCAAGGAAGCCCCAGUACCAACCUGAUUGUGAACAGCCCAACUUCAGAUUAUCCAAUUUUGUCUGCCUAUAUUUCACCUUCAAGCCUUGCUGGAUUGAACAAUUUUGCUGCAAGUGUUGCUGCAGAGGAGGAAGUAAAUCAACCAGGCCCACCCUCCAUGUCCAUUCCUGGUGGUAAUGGAGAUGCUACAAAAUCAAGCAGUCCUGAGGCAACCAAUGGUCAGAUCGACCCGAAAAGUCCAACAACAAGCCUUAGACCCCCCACUACCCCUGCACCAAAAGCUGUUUCCUUUUCCCCAAAUUCGAUGGCUGGACUCUAUUCAUUUGCAGCCAGCGCAGAUGCUAUUGUUCAAUCCCCGUCACUCACAAAGUUUUCGCCAAUGCAACUUCCCACAGUGGAUUCAACUUUGGCUGCAACUACACCUGUAGCAAUACAACAGUCCAUGGCAAAUCCCACACCAGCAUCAACCGAACCAAUGUUGCCUCAAUCCCAAGACCCUGCUGGUGAUCUCGCGUCACAGCCUACCAAUGUUCCCACAGCAGAGCCUACAAAUGAUCCCACAAGAGAGCCUACCAAUGAUCCCACAGCAGAGCCAACCAAUGAUCCCACUGCUGAGCCAACCAACGAUCCCACUGCUGAGCCUACCAACGAUCCCACCAUGCAACCAUUUAGCAACCCCACCCCACAACCUAGUUAUGUGCAGCCCGACCGAGAACCAACAAGUCAGCCGACUGUGGCACUAAAGGAAGGCACAGUAGAGCCCACUAAAGCAACAAUUCAUGUUCCUGUUCCAAGCAAGUCACCUACAGUUCAGCCAAUCACUGAAAGACCCAGCGGCAGCCCAUCAGGUGUAUUCAGCUUGACAGCCUCACCAACAAUGCAUCCAACAGAAAAAACAACGUUGGGUCCAUCAGAAACCGCCUCGUUGCCACGAACAUCGACUCCAUCCGUGAAAACAACGACGAUGCCACCAGCUGAUCCCACCAUAAGUCCUUCACCUGUAACUGCCACAGACCCUGCCCUUGUCCCAUCAUUGGCUCCAUCAUCCACAUGCGGAAACUAUCAAUACACUGUGCAGAGGGAACAUGUCCGGCUCUGCUAUUAUUUGCUGUGCCAACACGACGAAUAUCAGGUAGACGACUACAGUUGGCAGGUUCCACAGUUGAAUUUCAAGUUCAAUCCAGUCAAACAACUCUGGUUUCAAUUCUACAGACUGAAAAUGCAAGGUCUUCCUUCUUGUCAAACUUCAAUCCUCUCAUUGCUGGCAGUGGAGUCUCUGCAACAGCUCGUUUCCAACGACUUCAAUCCCAAAUUCAACCCCCACAAUGUCAGUCCCAUCAUCCUUGCCCACUUCUUUGGCAACCCCCAAUCCCAGUCUUGGACCCACGAUUUCUUUAAGUAA